AUAGAAAAUUAUAAGAAUUUUUUCUAAUUAAUUAUAUCCGCAAUAACUUUGUUCGAUAGAAACAGAUUCUUCGAAGUUUCCAUUAUUUUUCAGACACUUGAAAAGUUUUAAUCAAAUGCAUGCCGUCUCUGUUGGCGUUUCCCUUUGACCAACGCGACCAGAUGAGGAGGCGAGCUUUUCUACACAGCGACACAGGUGAAUGGCCGACAGGUGAAAAGCCGAGAGUUUGAAUAAAGCACGAGCUGAAUUACGGGAGAAUGAGCGAUCCAACGUCAAGAGCUUGUAGGGAGCGUCAUAUUGCUCAGAAGAGACGGAAGAUAACUGUGCCCAGGAAGAAAACUCUGAAGGAGUUUUUCGAGACCCAGUACUAUUUUACCAAAGGCCAUGAACACAUGGGAGAAGCCAGAAAUGUUCUCGAGGAGCAAUCUUUUUUCGUUUAUCCUCCUUGCUCUCUCAUGUUCGCUUACUUUCAAUACUGGAAAGCGAAACAACGUACUACGGAUAAGGAAAAAAGGGCGCUUUCCAACACCAAAACUUUACAACAACUUUUACGAUCUCUUCGCGUGGACGUGGACAUCGAAGCCUUGGAGGCAAAAAGGCACAAAGAUUUGGACGAAGCUAUAGCCAUCACCGAUGUGGAUCCGCGUUACUUUUCGGAACUGGAUGCCAGGCUAGUGAGAGAAAAAUUCUCCGUACACAAGUACGUGGAAGACUCUCGUGAAAUUUUAAAGUGUCGGCUAUUAGCUGGCCAGGAAAUGGACGAUUGCAUUCGCAUAGAUCAACAAUUCGUCGAGGAGCAAAAAAGACUCGAUAAGAUCAAGCGACGAUAUCGUCAAUACAUAAGCGGUUUCGAGGAAUUUCUCUCGAAGGAUCACGAGGAGAGUAUGAAAAGUCUAUUCCUUGCUGAAAACGAGUCGAAGAAAACUAGAGAGAUGACGGAUCACAGGAAUAAGCUUUCCGUUGAAUAUGGCCGGAUUAGAUUGGAAGUAUACCACUGGGAAGAGAGCUGGAGAAUGAUGAAGAUGUGUCAACGAUUCCUCUAUCAGAUAUCUCCGAUUUCUUGGCGAACGGAGCACGAUUGGAUCCAUCGCAGUCAUUCCGGGGAGAGCAUCACUUACGACCAUCCGGAGGAUUUAUUCGGACGAUACAGAAUGCUGGGCGAUGUUGCUUCGCUCGACGCUCUUAUAGAUUUUUUCGAGCAAGAUAUUAGCGAGGCGGGUCCCGCGGAUUUGUAUUUUCAGGAACCGUGGGAACUGAUCAACGUGUUCAGAUCGAUAGAAAUGCAAAAUUUGAACGCGUUGAUCCAUUUGGAGAGUCUUGCAGAGCCGAUGAGUGAAAUGAUGUCGACGAUUCAAAGUGCUGAACAACAGAUGAAGAUAGAAAUUGAAGAAAUAACCAAUAUAAUCAAGGAGUUGCGCGUAAUGAUAUAUAUAAUCGAUCGAAUUGAAUUAAAAAUACAUCGCAUGGAUUAA